AUGGUCUCUCCUGAGAAGGAAAAAGUCCCACUUGGAAAAGUAAGGCUUGCGUUUUAAACCCACAGAUCUACGUUGAUGUCAGCCUAGAUCUAGGCCUUCUAUUUUUAUUCUUAUUUUUAAUACUCGGCGCUUUUUCACAUGAGAAGACUGGGAGGCAGUACUUUCCAAAUGCUAGCCCGAGGCGAGAUUGACCAAACCUGCCAAAACCGGCCGAGUAAAGGCCUAGGUCUAGACUGCGUUGAUGUUAUGUCUAAACUCUGACCUUCAUUUAAACAAGCUGUAGAAAGCUCAUCCAUGUUAAUUCCUUUAUCCUCCAGGGUCUGAAAGCGAGAGGUAAUGUCGAAGAAUGGCUGGGGAAAGUCGAGGAGUCCAUGGUUGCUACGUUACGAAAACUGACGAAACAUGCUAUCGGUGAUUAUGAAGAAAAGAUACGAGAGGAAUGGGUCACGUGUCAUGCAAGUCAG